AUGAAUCCAGGUGCAGAGCACUUGAAGGAUGAGGUUCAUCGGGCACUAGAGCUCCUUGGAAACCUGACGAAGCCCAAUCCUCCUCAGAACCCACUUGGAGAACUCAAUCCAAAGGCAAUAAAGCAUUGUCGGGGCAUCUUUUUCUUCCACACAAAGAAGGUGGGGCUGGCACUGGGCAUUAAGUGGGGAGCGGGCGUGCUUCUUGCCCACAUACUUGACGAGAAUGGCCGUGAAAGCUGGUCAGCACCUGUUCUGUUCAAGGUGAACGAGGUGUCCCUCGGACUUCUCGCAGGUGUUGGCAACAUUCAGACAGUGCUGAUUCUUGGGAGUGAGAAGGCCGUGGACCAGUUCAGAGUUGGUGCCAAGAAGGGGCCGGUGGUGCUGGGGCAAGACCUGAGCCUGGGAAAGUCAUUCGGCUUCGAUGUGAUUGAAGAUGCAAAUGUCUUUGCAUCUCGUGACAUCAUCUCGCACAGCCUGGCUGACGGUGCCAUUGUCGACUGGAGCUUGAUCGGUGGCAAAAUCAGUGUGGACAAGGAUGCAAAUGCAGCAAUCUAUGGAAAGGACGCUGAUCUUGAAAAGGUUUUGGGGGCGCCGUCAUCAACGCACAACCCUCCUGCGGCUCUGAAGCCUCUAUAUGACACGCUGGACAGCAUUGCUGCAGAUGCCAAGGAAGACAUGAGGAAGUUCAACGGUUUUGGGAAGAGGUGGAGCCCUGAUACGAGCGAGAUGAAGGCCAAGGAUGCCUGA